AGAUCAGUCCAGUGGGCUCCUCCCUCUUUUGCCAUGGUAACUGACUGCGGCUGUACUCAGGUUGCCAUGGAGAUUGUAAACAGUCCGGAGAUCUAGCAGGAAUGUUCUCCUGAGUAUCACAGGCGCUGAUUUCUCCUCACAAUGCCAGAAGGUGCAGCUACAGCAACUGACAAGGUUUCGGUCCCGCCACCGUUACCUGUCCAGCACAGAAAUGCAGCAGCCGACCUGAGGAAGAUGCGUCGAAUCAUUACUGAGGAUUACAGCUGGUCCCUGGCCUUAAUCCCGCUGCUCAGCGACUUGUGCCUACAACACAUUGUCAGGAACUUUGAGCAUAACCCUAUUCUGGAAAAAUUGCUUCCAAAGCACAAAUCCAAGGUUCUGGACCUAAUCUCCACCUCGCUACCCCUCCAAGUGACUGUCAACCUCAUCACCUACGAGGAUUACUGGAGACGUUGCUGCUCAGAGCGCUGGCCAGUCUGCGACAUCUCCCAAUAUGGGUCCAGUUGGAAGAGGCUGUUCUUUGAGCGACACCUGGAGAACCUCAUUGAGCGCUUUAUUCCAGAUGUGACAGAUACAGGACCCAUCUGUGAGAUUGCAGAAUUUAGCAAGGACUAUAUAAAGAAACUGGAGAUUCGACAGCUGCUGCCACCUGUGAAGUUGGAGAAGAAAAAGGAUGAUGAAGUCGAUGAGAUUUCGGAUUCAGAAAGCGAUACUGGUGGGGAACUGCCGUCCAUGGACCACUUUGAUCUAAACCUAGUUGCCUCUUCUCUGUCUGGCUUGGAAGAGCUACACCUUGUGUAUGGGGUGAAAGGCUGCGGCAUGAACUUUGAGUGGAACCUCUUCAGGUUCACAAAACGGGACUGCUCUUUGCUCGCCAACACAUUCAAGACAUUCAGGAAUCUGAAGGUCUUCAAACUUAACAAAAGUAAAGUUGAUGAUGACAGAGCACGUGUUCUGAUCAAAAGUUUACUGGACCACCCAUCCCUGGUCCACCUGGACCUUUCCCACAACCAGAUCUCAGACAGAGGUGCCCGUGCAGUUGGUAAAUUGCUGAACCAAAGUCAACUCCAGAUUCUAACCCUGUGCAACAACAACGUGCGUUCGCAUGGAGCUCAGGCCAUUGCUUAUGCCCUGUCCAGGAACAACACCCUCAGCACUCUGAACCUCAGGCUCAACCACAUUGGGGAUGAGGGCGGACAAGCUCUAUUAAAUGCUCUGUUGCAGAACACAAGCCUUGUAAAUCUUCAUCUGGGGAGCAAUGAGCUGUCUGAACCAACAGUGACCGUUCUCUCGCAGGUUCUCUCUCAGAAUACAUCUCUAAGGAGCAUCAGCCUCACCUGCAACCGCAUCGGCCUGGAUGGUGGGAAGCAGCUUUUGGAAGGCAUGUCACUAAACAAGACCAUGUUGGAAUUUGAUCUGAGACUCACAGAUGUGGGGCAGGAGAGUGAAUUCUUCAUUAACCAGGUUCUGAGGGACAAUCAGGAGCAUGCCCGGUUCCAGGCACAGCAAACACAAGUAUCCACAUGAUGACCUAUAAGCAGUAAAUGAUCUACCUGUUACCUUGUACCCAAUACUUCAAAAGUCACAAAUAAAGACCAUUUAUGCAAUAUUA